AGUACCUGGGUUCGAGAAAAUUCUGGUGCUGAGAACGUUUAAACUAAACGAUGAUGCAGGGUGAGGAGUGGCAAGGAGUGGCUAAGGCCUGCUAAAGCUAGGAAUGAUCGUGACCUUGGUAUCAAGUAUUAUGUAGGCUAUUAUUGGCUCAGAUCCUUAGGAUGAUUCGUGUCAAGGUGCCCAUCCGAGUCAAGGGAGCUGUUAGGGGAGCGAAAAAGGGUAUAGAAGGAUCAUGGAAUUGUAGAACAUUUUCCCUCAGGCUGGCCCUCUUACCCACAUCGACGACGACAACUCACAUCGUAACUUUUCUUACUUUGACACAUACACCACCACCAAUAACUUUGACGACGAUACUAUGAGGUUCCUCACUCUCGCCGGCUUCUUCCUCCUGCUUGUAGCCGGAACCAUGACCAAGCUUGCGGGCCCACACGCCCGAUUGGUAGUCCAUGCUCGAUCAAGCUUGAUGGGCAGCAUUAUGUCCCUGGAACUUGUCAGAGAAAGUCAGGGUUCUCAUUUUACCGCCGCACGACGUGUAUGCCCAACUCGAUAUCCACUGGCGCUGGUGCAGGGUAUGGAACGUAUGGAACAAGCUAAGCUCCAGAGUAAUUUCAACUGCAGAGCAGUGUGGUGUAUGUUUCUUCACGCUUUUGCGCACCGUUGCUCCUUCUUCGAGACAUUUACGAUUUAGAGAGCUGAAAUUCUGUUUUAUGCGACUAGUUCUUGUGUGUUGUUAAAUUGUAUUUGGUUCCUCAAAAUGUUGAUAGAUUCGACUUUU